UUUCUGAUCAUCGUCCCUCUCUCCUCGUUCACUCACUCUGACCCUUUUCUCAUCAAAUCAAGGGUCAGACAAUAAAACAUGUUUCAUCAAAUCAGCUCCUCUCUAUUGGAAAACAAACGCCUCUCAAUUCCCUUGCUCUCUGCCUCAGCAACAAGCCCUACUAGCAGCAUUAGCAGCAACAGCAGAAGCACAAGCAGCGAGGUAGAUGAAAGCCCGCGGGAUUCAGGCCAUUUCGAGCUCCAAGAUCAUGUCAAGUGUCAAUCUCCAUGUGUACCCUUUUCGGGGUCUUUCUCGUAUCGAUCAUUGGCGGUGCUCUCUGGCCAUGUAGGCUCAGUUUCAUGCUUGGCCUUAUGUGGGGAAUUCAUUCUCAGUGCUUCACAAGGCAAAGACAUCAUAGUGUGGCAACAGCCUGAUUUGAGGCCUUUCACCAAGUUUGGACAAGGUGAUGGCUCUGUCAAGGCACUUGUCACCGUUGGGAACAAGGUCUUUACAGCUCACCAGGAUAGCAGGAUUAGAGUUUGGAAGGUUUCACGGCGAUCGGAGAAUGUGUUUAGGCUUGUUGAUACACUUCCCACAACUAAAGAUUAUUUGGGGAAGUUCAUGAAGCAGAGCAAUUAUGUCCAAAUUCGGAGACAUCACAAGCGAUUGUGGAUCGAACACGCCGAUAGUAUAUCUUGUUUGGCCUUCUAUAACGGCUUGAUUUACUCUGGAUCAUGGGAUAAGACUCUUAAGGUGUGGAGGAUCUCGGAUUUGAAGUGCAUAGAAUCCAUCAAGGCUCAUGAUGAUGCUAUUAAUGGGCUUGUGGCAUGUAAUGGGAUUGUGUAUUCUGCUUCUGCAGACGGAAAAAUUAAAGCUUGGGGAAAAGAGGGGAAGAGCUCACAUUGUUUGAAGGGUAUUUUGGAGGGUCAUAAGGAUGUUUCACUUAAUUCUGUGAUCGUUUCUGAGGAUGGUAGAUGGGUUUAUGGAGGCUGUUCGGAUGGGUUUGUGAUGGGAUGGCAAGGGAGUUGUGGUGAUGUUCAAAAUCAAAUUGAGAGCUGGAAGUUGGUUUGUGAAACAAAAGCACAUCAAAUGGCUGUUUUGUCUAUGUGUUUGAUGGGGGAGAUGUUGUGCAGUGGCUCAGCUGAUAAGAGCAUUGGCAUAUGGAAGAGAGAGGCUUUUGGCAAGCUUUGUAAAGUUGGGAUCAUUAGUGGCCAUGAGGGGCCAGUUAAGUGCUUGCAGGCAUCACCAAAUAAUGUUGGUGGAGGUUUCAUGUUGUACAGUGGAGGCCUUGACAAGAGCUUAAGGGUUUGGUGGGUUCCCAAGCCCUCUAAUAAUAGAGCAGAGGAAACCACAGAGGAAAAGUCCAUCAUCUUAUGCUAGGAAAUGUUUCAAGUUGAUGAGUAUUGAUCCAUUGAAGCACCCUUCUUUUUUCAAAUGGUGUUUGCAGUGCCUUACAAUACAGGGUCUUGUUUGUAGCUGUUGCAGAAAGAUUGAAGAGUUCACUGAGGUUCAAGGGCAGAGAAAGGGGCAAUUUUGAAGCCUCAAAUUUGGUUUUUCUUGUAACUUGUAACAUAUAUCUUUCUUUCUUAACUUCAUUUCAAAGAAUUGGGUGUAAAUUUCUAGGAAUACUAAGGGAAAGUGGUGUGGUUUUUUGUUUCAGUAUAGUCAUUACAUUUGCUAUCAAAUUGUCAAUUGUAUUUA